AUGGCUGGAACAGAUCCCAGCGCUUAUCCCCUACAGUCCCUCGCCGCCUUUACAUCUCUACUCUACGCUACAGCGAUUGCGCCGAUUCCUGCUAUCAACGCCAGUCGUCCCCGCCCCCUCGCCGCCGCCGCUGAGUCUUUUCAUCCGCGUCCAUCGCUUACACUCACUCGUCACCUGGCGUGUCUACUCAAUUCCGUGAGUAAUGCGUUCAGCCUUCCUACUUGUGCCUUCGAAGUGAUGCACGGCGGCGUGGGGCUCGCAGCCUACAGCUCAGCCCAGCAAAUAUCGCUUUACACGCUCCUGAUGGACGUCAAUGUCUCUAUAAGUGCUACAUCCAUUCGUCGCGCAGUUUGUACAUCUGAGCCUCAUCUAGGGCGAAGUCUUAGGUUUAACCCGAGGAAACAUGACCUGCUGGUAUACACCUGA